AAGAAAUUAAAAAAGAAUAUAAAGAAGAAAUUAAAACAAUAGAAGAAAAAAUAAAAGAAGAAGUUGAAGUAGAAAUUGAAGUAAUAGAAAAAGAAAUAGAAAAAGAAGCUAAAAAAGAAAUUCACAAAAUUAAAAAAAGAAAUAAAAUUAUUAUAACUCAAAAUACUACAGAAAAUAGUUAUAAUAGUAGUGAAGAGCUUAAUAGUUCUACUUCACAAUAUCAAUUAGAAGAAACAUCAAUAUCAAUUAGAAAAAACAUCAAUAAAAAAAUUUAA